AAUGUGCUUUGUUUCAUCAGUCGUUGUUCAAGUACUGUACUGAAAGGACAUGCGGGGUUUACAAACAGAACAAACAAAAAUAUAAAAUUCAUAAACUAUGUGUAACUCGUCGUUAAUUACAGCAUAUAUAAUUAGUAUGUGAUUUCUCAAAAUGUGACUGCAAGACAAAGAUAGUUUAAUAGUUAUGUAAAAAACUCGUAUUGUUUGCAGUUAAUUCAAGACAACGAAUAAGUUUGAUAUUGGGUGGUGCCAUGGAUAGCUCUCUCACUGCCAAGGAGAUCAGGAGCAGGUUUAUAAAUUUCUUCAGGGAGAAAAAAGGACACGAAUAUGUGCAUUCAUCGUCGACGAUUCCCCUCGAUGAUCCAACACUGUUGUUCGCGAACUCCGGAAUGUGCCAGUUCAAACCUAUAUUUCUGGGCACUGUUGACCCAAACAGUGACAUGGCCAAAUGGGUGCGAGUGGUAAACACCCAGAAGUGCGUGCGAGCGGGCGGGAAGCACAAUGAUCUGGACGAUGUUGGCAAGGACGUCUAUCACCACACGUUCUUCGAGAUGAUGGGAAAUUGGUCGUUCGGAGACUAUUUCAAGAAGGAGAUCUGUGCCUGGGCGUGGGAGCUCCUGACCCGGGAGCUGGGCCUGCCGGUGGACCGGCUGUAUGUCACCUACUGCGGGGGGGACGCAACCUCCGGACUGCCGCCCGACGACGAGUGCAAGAGCAUCUGGCUGGACUUGGGCAUUCCUGCAGAACACAUUCUGCCGGGCAGCAUGAAGGACAAUUUCUGGGAGAUGGGCGAGACCGGCCCCUGUGGGCCGUGCUCUGAAAUACACUACGACCGCAUUGGGAACAGGAAUGCUGCCCAUUUGGUGAACCAAGACGAUCCUGAUGUGCUGGAGAUUUGGAACUUGGUGUUCAUGCAGUUUAACAGGGAGAAGGAUGGCAGUUUGAGAACUCUGCCGAGGAAGCACAUUGAUUGUGGCCUUGGCUUGGAGAGACUUGUGUCUGUCAUACAGAAGAAGAGGUCUAAUUACGAUACAGACCUGUUCUUGCCCCUGUUUGAUGCCAUCCAGAAGGGCACAGGCGCUCGUCCGUACCAAGGACUCGUGGGAGCAGAUGAUGUGAACGGUAUCGACAUGGCGUACAGGGUUUUGGCAGACCAUGCUCGCACUCUCACAGUUACGUUGGCCGAUGGAGGUCGGCCGGACAACACUGGCCGAGGGUAUGUUUUGCGCCGUAUUCUUCGCAGAGCAGUCAGAUAUGCUAUUGAGAAACUCAAUGCAAAACCUGGUUUCUUUUCAUCUUUGGUUCACACAGUGGUUGAUCUUCUGGGAGACACUUUUCCGGAGUUGAAGAAGGAUCCACAUAGUAUAAUUGACAUCAUUGAAGAAGAAGAGCAACAGUUCCUGAAAACACUAUUGCGUGGUAGAAGUUUACUUAAUCGUACGAUUGGUAGACUUGGAAAUGCUCAGAAAACUUUACCAGGUGAUGUUGCGUGGCGUUUAUACGACACGUAUGGCUUUCCUGUCGACUUGACACAACUGAUGGCAGAAGAAAGAGGGUUAACGGUUGACAUGGUUGGCUAUGAAGAAGCUAAGAAACAAGCACAGCUGGCCUCGCAGAGCAAGGCAGGGGGGGUGGACGACCAGAUCAGCCUGGACGUGCACUCCAUCACGGAGCUGCAGCAGCGAGGCGUGCCCGCCACGGACGACCUGGCCAAGUACAGCUACUGCGCGCGCUCUCAGAACAAGGAUGCCGAGUACGAUUUCAAACCGUGCAAAGGCAAGGUGAUAGCCAUUAGACACUCCAAGAAGUUUGUAGAUGAAGUUUCAUCGGGUCAGCAAUGCGGUGUGCUCUUGGACAAAACUUGCUUCUACGCGGAGCAAGGCGGACAGAUCAAUGAUGAAGGCUUUAUGGUCAAAGUUGGUGAUGAGAGCGUGGAGUUCUCUGUGCACAACGUCCAGGUGCGCGGGGGCUACGUGCUGCACAUCGGCACUGUGGAAGGGAUACUCAGGAAAGGAGAUGAGAUGAUGUUGCACCUGGACGCCAAGCGCAGGCGCCUCAUCAUGAACAACCACACGGGCACUCACGUCCUCAACUAUGCCCUCCGCUCCGUGCUCGGCACGGAUGCCGACCAAAAAGGGUCGCUGGUCGCACCCGAUAAGCUGCGGUUCGAUUUCACGUGCAAGGGAGCCAUGACCAGCCAGCAGGUGAAAGCGGCAGAGAUGGAAUCGAACAAGAUGAUAAACCGCAAUGAAGUGGUGUACGCCAAAGAGUCGAAGCUAGCUGUUGCCAAGGCUAUCCAGGGCUUGCGUGCCGUGUUUGAUGAGACCUACCCCGACCCCGUCAGAGUCGUGUCGAUCGGUGUCCCGGUCGACGAGCUGGAGAAAGACCCGUUUGGACCAGCAGGCAUGAAAACAUCUGUUGAAUUCUGUGGAGGAACGCACUUGCAGCGUGCUGGCCAUAUUGGAGAUUUUGUAAUUGCAAGUGAAGAGGCUAUUGCCAAGGGAAUUAGGCGAAUUGUAGCUCUAACUGGUCCAGAGGCUUUAAAAGCCCUUAAAAAAACUGAGCUGCUUGAGAAUGACCUUAACAGAUUGUGCUCAGAGCUAAACUUAGAACAGCAACAACUGAGCAGUAAAGAUCUUGUGAAGAAAGUUGUUGACUUAACUGAAGAUAUAUCUCAUGCCACUAUUCCAUACUGGAAAAAGGAUGAAAUGAGGAACAUUUUGAAAAACUUGAAAAAGAAGCUGGAUGACAAAGACCGUGCAAAUAAAGCGUCUGUUGUCACAAAUGUCACUGAGGAAGCCAAAACACUUCUUUUGGCCAAUACAAACAUACCAUUUCUGGUGCACGAGUUUGACGCUGAUUCGAACUCAAAGGCACUAGAUAGUGCUUUGAAGCAGGUGAAAUCCUUAUCUCCAGAGACAGCAGCCAUGUUCUUCAGUGUCGAUAUCGAUGCUAAGAAGAUAGUUUGCUUAAGUGCUGUGCCCAAGGCUGCGGUGGAGAAGGGGCUGAAGGCCAGCGAGUGGGUGCAGCACGUCUCCGGCCUGAUGCAGGGCAAAGGGGGCGGCAAGGCCGAGUCCGCGCAAGCCACGGGCACCAACCCCUCCUGCCUGCAGGAAGCGAUGGCCCUGGCCAAGAGGUUCGCCAGUGAUAAGCUGGGGCAAGCCGUUCCAGUAGUCAACGUUCCUCGCCAGGUCGUGAGCAAGCCGGCCGGUAACCAGGCCGCGAGCAAAAUGCCCAAGAUCACCGCAGAGUCCCCGCAACCCGUUAGCAGUGGGAAAUCAUCAGGUCCUGUUCUGUACGCGGAUGCCAAGAAUGUAACGUCAUGCAUGCCUCUGAUAGCAGCUCGUUGCUCCGGGAAAACAGUUAAUUUGACUUCCUUGUCGGAAGCAGCAAAAAGCAGUUUAAUCCCGAGCGGUUUGGUGAGGAUUCUCCAGUUGAGGCAGACUCCGCUGUACGAAGAUGCUAGCAACAAGGUUUUCUUGUUUGGGAGCAGCGCCAUAGCUCUGUACUUGUCUGGCGAGAAGCUCCAAGGUGGUCCGUGCAUCUUCAGGCAGUCGGAGGUGCUGCAGUGGCUCCACUACGCUGACAGCACUGUCCUGCCUGCUGUCUCAAGUUGGGUGUGUUCGGGUGCGGGUGGCGAGCUCGUGGCGCAAGGGGGUGCCAACAAUCACAAGGAGAAAUGCCUUCAAGUCGUGAAGCACCUAGAUGAAUGUUUCCUAACAAAGACUUUCUUGGUGGGUGAACGGUUUUCGUUGGCAGACAUAGCUCUCUUUUCCUCCUUACUCGCACUUUAUCAGAAGGCUUUCAAUCCAAAACUGCAAAAACAAUAUCCUCAUAUAACACGGUGGUUCAAGACCAUAAUGCAGCAGCCUGAUGUAGAGAAAGUCAUUGGGGUGGUUACAUUAUGUCAGACCUCAAAUCACUGAAAGUCUUCAGUAAGAUGCCUUAAGGAUUUGCCUUAAUUUGAAUUUAUGCAAAUUGCUGCAAAUAAUUAUUUUUUUAAAUUAUUUUUUUUAUCAUAUGUAUAUUCUUAUUUGGAAAUGGAAUGUAUCAUUAAUAGUUUGAUAUGAUUGUAACAAUUAAUUAGCAUCUGGUUUUAAGAAUAUUUACUUAAAGAAACAUUUUAUCUUAAUUUAUAUCAAACAUUAUUUUAUUUCAGUUCUUCAAUGUAGAAAUAUAUUUAAAAAUAAAUACAUUUUAGGUUAGGGUAUGUGGUGAAAAUUUUAACUAAGUAAUGUGAUUUUGUCUGUAAGAUACUUUAAUUUUGAAGAGUUUUUGUAACAGUGAUACUCAACAUACAUUGUAUUUACACAUAUAGCUACUUACUGUAAUCUGCAAGAGGGGAAAAUAUAAAAAUAAACCAGACAGAGACUGAGA